CGCACGGGAGAUCGUGUUAUUAUGAAUACGUGAAGAGCAGGGCUCCUGACUUCUUGAUUUGUGCGUGUAUUACGUGGAAAUCACAAAAUGCGCUGGUCUGAUAAUUCUUAAUUAUUGAUGAUAUUUGAAACAAGAACACAGACCACACAAGUAUCCCGAUAUGAGUUACAACAGUAUGUCAGAGGGGGACGCAGAGUUUGGAGGGAAUGACUUUGAGUUUGCGGACAAGGACAUCAGACAUGGAUUUAUCCGCAAGGUGUACGGAAUUCUCACGGCACAGUUGGUGGUUACCAUAGGGAUUAUAAUCCCGUUCGUCUAUGUUGACUCUGUGAAAGAUUACACGCGAGUGAACUCAUGGCCCUUCUGGACUGCAUUCGUCAUGACUUUGGUUCUGAUCAUCGCGUUGUCGUGCUUCUCCAACCUACGCAGGUCUUUCCCGAUCAACUUUAUCGCCCUCUUCUUGUUUACCAUUUUUGAGGGUGUUCUUCUUGGUCUGGUCUGCAGCUCAUAUGAUACCAACACUGUGCUCAUUGCGGCGGGCAUCACUGGAGUUUUAGUGCUGGCAUUGACAAUCUUUGCAUUUCAAACAAGGAUUGAUUUCACCAUGAUGUCUGGAUUGCUCUUUGUGGCCUUGAUUGGACUUCUGCUCUUUGGAAUAUUUGCCGCCAUUUUCCACAGCAGAGUACUGGAUAUUGUCUACGCUUCAAUUGGAGCUAUAAUCUUUGGUCUGUACAUCGUCUUUGACACCCAAUUGAUUCUGGGAGGCAAGCACAAGUACAGCAUCUCGCAGGAGGAAUACAUCUUUGCUGCCCUCAACCUUUACGUCGAUAUCGUCCAGAUGUUCAUGAUGAUGCUGAUGCUUGUCGGUCGAGCCCGAUAGACAAGACAUUAAGGGGAGGGGUGAUAAGGGGAGGGACUAUAAAGGGAGUUGCUAUAUGGGGGAGGAGCCAUAACGGGGAGGGCCUAUAAGUUGCAGCCCAAUAGAGAAGACAUUAAGGGGAGGGGUGAUAAGGGGAGGGACUAUAAAGGGAGUGGCUACAAGGGGGAGGAGCCAUAAGGAGGAGGGCCUAUAAGUUGCAGCCCGAUAGGCAAGACAUUAAGGGGAGGGGUGAUAAGGGGAGGGGCUAUAAAGGGAGUUGCUAUAAGGGGGGGGGAGCCAUAAGGAGGAGGGCCUAUAAGUUGCAGCCCAAUAGAGAAGACAUUUAGGGGAGGAGUGACAAGGGGAGGGACUAUAAAGGGAGUGGCUACUAGGGGGAGGAGCCAUAAAGGGGUGGGCCUAUAAGUUGCAUCCCGAUAGAGA